AUGACUCCUGCUUCUUCAAUGUCAGUGUCUGUAGAAUGCUUGAAUACAUUUAAGUUCUGGAAAGGGGUUGCGAGUGGAAAAUAUGAUUGCAGCGUGCUCUCGUGUGCUUCUAAGGCUCCAAGAGCACUCACGGGAUUUCUCGCAAGCACCGCGCAUCCUCCGCUGCAGUGUGGACGAACUGCUAGAAGAAAUCACAUUCCAUGUAGAUGUGAAUCGCAUAAUUUGGGAGGGUGGUAUUCACAUGAAGCCUCAGACCCCGUCCUUCCACAAAAGCUCUUAAGCUCGAGAGUGGUUCAUUUGGCUACUAGCAAAUGGAAUUUGCGUAGUUUACCAUCUUCUUCACAAGCAUGCGAGGUUUCUCCUGAAAGUUUGUGGGAGGAUCUCAAACCUACCAUCCAGUAUCUCUCAUCAAAAGAAUUGGAAUUGGUUCGUAAUGCACUGAAUCUGGCUUUUGAUGCCCAUGAUGGUCAAAAGAGACGCAGUGGGGAGCCAUUUAUUAUUCACCCAGUGGCAGUUGCACAAAUUCUUGGAGAACUUGAAUUGGAUUGGGAGUCAAUUGCUGCUGGUUUGUUACAUGACACGGUGGAAGAUACAAAUGUUGUUACAUUUGAAAGAAUAGAGAAAAAUUUUGGCGCUACCGUUCGUCACAUUGUCGAAGGAGAAACUAAAGUAUCGAAACUUGGGAAACUUAAGUCCAAGGAUGAGAAUAAUUCUGUUCAAGAUGUCAAGGCAGAUGACCUCCGACAGAUGUUUCUAGCCAUGACUGAAGAGGUUCGCGUUAUAAUAGUCAAAUUAGCUGACAGAUUGCAUAACAUGCGCACGCUUUCGCAUAUGCCUCCGCACAAGCAGUCCAGCAUAGCCUUGGAGACACUGCAGGUUUUUGCUCCUCUGGCAAAAUUGCUUGGAAUUUACCAAAUCAAGUCAGAACUUGAAAAUCUUGCAUUUAUGUACACAAAUGCUCAAGAUCAUGCUAAGGUCAGGAGAAGAAUUUCAGAGCUUUAUAAAGAACACGAGAAAGAACUCGAAGAGGCAAAAAAAAUAUUAAUGAAGAGGAUUCAGGACGACCAAUUCCUAGAUCUUAUGACGGUGAAAACUGAAGUUCAAUCUGUAUGCAAGGAACCUUACAGCAUCUAUAAAGCUGUUCUUAAAUCCAGAAGCUCGAUAAAUGAAGUCAACCAAAUUGCACAGCUCCGAAUAAUAAUAAAACCGAAGCCAUGUGUCGGAGUCGGGCCCUUGUGUAAUGCACAGCAGAUAUGCUACCAUGUUCUCGGGCUGGUGCAUGGAAUUUGGACUCCUAUUCCUCGAGCCAUCAAGGACUAUAUUGCCACCCCGAAACCUAAUGGCUACCAGAGUCUUCAUACUACUGUUAUACCUUUUCUUUAUGAGAGUAUGUUUAGGCUGGAAGUUCAGAUUAGAACUGAAGAGAUGGAUUUGAUUGCUGAACGAGGGAUUGCUGCACAUUAUAGUGGGAAAGUUUUUGUGAAUGGCUUAGUUGGACAUGUUAUGCCAAAUGGCAGUAGGUCCCGAGGGAAAACAGUUUGCCUAAAUAAUGCCAAUGUUGCCCUUAGGAUAGGCUGGCUGAAUGCAAUUAGGGAAUGGCAAGAGGAGUUUGUUGGGAAUAUGAGCUCCAGAGAAUUUGUUGACACUAUCACCAGAGAUCUUUUAGGCAGUCGUGUCUUUGUAUUUACACCAAGAGGAGAGAUUAAAAAUCUGCCUAAGGGAGCGACUGUCAUUGACUAUGCAUAUAUGAUACACACUGAAAUUGGCAACAAAAUAGUGGCUGCAAAGGUCAAUGGCAAUCUUGUAUCUCCAACGCAUAUGCUUGCUAAUGCUGAAGUUGUGGAGAUAAUAACUUACAAUGGGCUCUCAAGUAAAUCCGCCUUCCAGAGACAUAAGCAGUGGCUGCAGCAUGCAAAAACACGUAGUGCACGACACAAGAUAAUGAAAUUUCUGAAGGAGCAAGCUGCACUAUCAGCAACUGAAAUCACUGCUGAUACGGUGAAAGCAUUCACUGCUGAAUCUGAAGAGGACAGUGAAGUGGAAGAGAUCGUGGAUUACUCUAAAGGGGCUAAACACACUUGGGAGAAUAUAUUGAAGGAUGUUGUGCAAAUGUCAUCAUCUAAGACAAGUGUUGAAGAUAUUUUUCAAUUCAACAAGAGUGGCAUUCAGAUUGCAAAGGUUAACGGUACUCAUAACAAGCACAUGCAGCAUGUGAGUUUGAAGGCCAAUGAAGAAGUUUUAUCUCAAGGCAAUGGUGUUGCCAAGAUGAUUCUAGCCAACAUUCCCAUGUACAGGGAAGUUUUGCCUGGGUUAGAGAGCUGGCGAGCUAGCAAGGUUGCAUCUUGGUACAACCUUCAAGGGCACUCUGUUCAGUGGUUCUGCAUAGUGUGCAUAGAUCGAAGAGGUAUGAUGGCAGAUAUCACGGCUGCAUUGGCAGCUGAAGGAAUUACCAUAUGUUCUUGUGCGGCUGAGAUUGAUAGGGGGAACGGAAUGGGAGUCAUGUUAUUUCAUGUUGAAGCAAGCCUGGAUAGUUUGAUUAGUGCAUGCUCAAAGGUGGAUCUAAUUCUUGGCGUUUUGGGGUGGUCUACUGGCUGCAGCUGGCCGAGCUCAAUGGAGAACCAGCAGUUUCUAGAAUGCUAG